CGUGGCUUUGUGACUGGAGGUGCUGAUAAACGUGUCAAGUUCUGGGAGUUUGAGCUUGUGAAGGAUGACAGCAGUGUUCAGAAAAGGCUUUCCAUGAAACAUGUGCGUGUUUUGCAGCUGGAUGAAGAUGUUCUCUGUGUGCGGUACAGCCCCAACCAGAAACUGCUGGCUGUCUCCUUACUGGAUUGCACUGUGAAGAUUUUCUACGUUGACACACUCAAGUUUUUCCUCUCUCUGUAUGGACACAAACUGCCAGUGCUGUGUAUGGACAUCUCCUAUGAUGGGACUCUAAUUGCGACUGGCUCUGCUGACAGAAAUGUGAAGAUUUGGGGCUUGGAUUUUGGGGACUGUCACCGCUCUCUCUUCGCCCAUGAUGACAGUGUGAUGUAUCUGCAGUUUGUGGCGAAAUCCCAUCUCUUCUUCACAGCUGGGAAGGACAGCAAGAUUAAGCAGUGGGAUGCAGAUAAAUUUGAGCACAUCCAGACACUGGAGGGACAUCACCAGGAGGUGUGGUGUUUGGCACUCAGCCCCAGUGGAGACUACAUGGUGUCAGCAUCCCAUGACAAGUCCCUGCGCCUCUGGGAAAGAACGAGGGAGCCACUUAUUUUGGAAGAGGAGAGGGAGAUGCAACGAGAAGCUGAAUAUGAAGAGAGUGUGGCGAAGGAAGAGCAACCAGUGGUGGCUGGAGAGACACAAGGAGAGACGGGGCUGGCAGGAAAGAAGACUAUUGAAACCAUCAAAGCGGCUGAGCGGAUCAUGGAAGCUAUCGAGCUGUACAGAGAGGAGAUGGCAAAACUAAAGGAACACAAGACCAUAUGCAAAGCUGCAGGAAAAGAGGUUCCCUUUCCUGUCAAUCCCAUCCUCCGUGCCUAUGGAAAUAUUACACCUUCUGCGUAUGUGCUAGAAGUUUUCAAGAAAGUCAAGUCGAGUGAACUGGAAGAGUCUCUCCUGGUGCUGCCCUUCUCCUAUGUCCCUGACGUGCUCAAACUCUUCAAUGAAUAUAUUCACCUGGGUUUGGAAGUCGAGCUCCUGUGCCGAGCUCUCCUCUUCCUGCUCAAGAUACAUUUUGGGCAGAUCACAAGCAACCACAUGCUGGUGACAGUGAUAGAAAAUCUGAAGAAAACCACCAUCUCCAGAGUCAGUGAGGCCCGGGAUGUGCUGGGAUUCAACAUGGCAGGGCUCCAGUACCUGAAGAGGGAGAUUGAGGCCAAGGAUGAGGUGACAUUUUUUUCUGAUGCUACUGACCGUUUUGAGGAGAAGAGGAGGAAGAGAAAGAAGAAAGAGAAAGAGAAGAUGAUUCUUGCAGUGCUCUAGCAUUUGCAGCCCAAGACGCAGAGCACCUGGAUGGGGUCAUGUAACCUCAGUGCUGGCCACAGAAGUGUUCAGCUUGCGGCUGAACAUCUGUGAUG